AUUUUGCUCCUAUAGAAGCUCAGUGUUACAUUUUGCUCCUAUAUAAGCUUUUCAUUGCCCAUCAAGGUCUUUCCUUUGAAUAACAAGGCUCAUGAUUCAUGAAGAAACACUACAACACCAUUCUCUCACUGUUGGAAACAUGCAAAUCCAUGAGUGAAUUGAAACAAUUACAUGGGCUUAUGAUCACUACCUCAGUUUUUAAUAAUGUGAUCCCAUUAAGUAGGCUUGUUGAUUUUUGUGCAAAUUCUGAGGCCAGAGACCUCGUUUAUGCCAAGUCAGUUUUUCACCAAAUUAAUCAGCCUAGGGUCUAUAUCUGGAACUCCAUGAUCAGAGGCUACUCCAAUAGUGAAAACCCAGCUGAGUCUUUGAUAAUGUAUAGAGAAAUGCUGCAAAGGGGUUACGUGCCGGACAAUUUUACAUUCCCAUUUGUGCUUAAAGCGUGUUCCCUAAUCACUGUUUACCAUUAUGGAAGAUGUGUUCAUAAUUGCAUUGUGAAAACUGGGUUUGAGUUGGACAUGUAUGCCUCUACUUGUUUGCUUAGUAUGUAUGCUUCUUGUGCAGAUAUGAAUUCAGGCCUGAAAGUGUUUGAUAAUAUUCCUAAGUGGAAUGUAGUUGCUUGGACUAGUUUGAUUUCUGGGUUUGUUGGGAACAAUCAGGCUACUGAGGCUAUAAAGGUGUUUAAGGAUAUGGAACUUCAAAAUGUACAGCCUAAUGAGUUCACCAUGGUGCAUGUUGUAGUUGCUUGUGCUCGAAGUAGGGAUAUUGAUACUGGAAAGUUGGUUCACAGUCGUAUUCGCCAACUUGGGUUUGAUCCCUUUGGGUCAAGUUUCAAUUUCAAUAUAGUUCUUGCAACUGCCAUAUUAGAUAUGUAUGCAAAAUGUGGCAGCUUGAGAACUGCACGAGAUCUGUUCAACAAAAUGCCUCAGAGAAACUUGGUUACCUGGAAUUCCAUGAUUAGUGCUUAUAAUCAGUAUGGCCGGGCUGAGGAAGCAAUUGGUCUCUUUUCUGAUAUGCAGAAUGCUGGGUUUGCUCCGGAUGAAGCUACCUUUCUGGGUGUAAUAGGUGCUUGUGCGCAGUUGGGUGCUUUGGCAUUGGGACAAAGUCUUCAUUCAUAUGUAUCAAAAACUAGCAUGGGCAAAGACACAGCUAUUGGCACUGCCUUAGUGGACAUGUAUGCCAAAACUGGAGAUGCAGGAAGUGCUCAAAGAAUUUUUGACAAUCUGCAGAAGAAAGAUGUGAUGGCAUGGACUAGCAUGAUUACUGGUUUAGCUAUGCACGGGCACGGUAAGGAAGCGCUACAUGCUUUCAGAAAAAUGCAAGAGGAUGCUAGGGUUGUUCCAGACCAGAUCACUUACAUUGGGGUUUUAUGUGCAUGUAGCCAUGUUGGUCUUGUGGAGGAGGGUCAGAGACAUUUUGCCUCAAUGGUAAAUAUUUAUGGCAUAGAACCAACUGAAGAGCAUUAUUGCUGCAUGGUUGAUCUCUUGAGUCGAGCAGGCCGCUUUGAAGAGGCGGUGAGACUACUGGAAGAAAUGCCACUUCAACCCAAUGUUGCUGUAUGGGGAGCUCUCUUGAAUGGCUGCGAGAUACAUGAAAAUGUUGAUCUGGCUGACCAAGUGAGAAGACGCAUAACAGAAAUGGAACCUCAUGGUAGUGGAGUUUAUGUUCUUCUUUCAAAUAUAUACGCAAGGGCCGGUCGAUGGCAGGAAGUAAAGCUAGCUAGAGAAUUGAUGAAAGAGAGGAGGAUUGCCAAAAAUCUUGGUCAUAGUUCAGUCGAAAUGAAGUUGCUAAGUUCAUGAGUAUAUUAUAUUGAUUCAUUUCCAAAUUUAUUUUACUUAAAAGUUCCCAGAUGACAUAUUUAUCAUAUGCAUGUUUAUCUGUCAUAAUCUCAAAAGGCAAGCACAGGGCCAUUGGAGAAGGAAGCUGCAAAGAGACAUAAAAGUUACUUCCAGUGCAAUCUGCUUGCUGCCAUUGUUGGCGAUUUAGCCAACAAUGACAACGACCAGUUUGAACUGGAAGAUCAGAGCCAGCACAACGAGCAGCUUGAACUGGAAGAUCAGAGCCCGCAAACAAAACCCUUCAAGAAUAUUGCUCGCAAUUAUAUGAACAAGAAGUAUUAUAAUCUCUGUAACCCCAAUAGCAAAGAGAUUGAGAUGCCAAGCUCAAAAUCUCAAACAUUUGCAUCCACUAUUUAUAAUUGGGUCACUCUGCCCACCCAACUAAACAAUGCACAUGUUUGCUGAAGUUAUAUUAUGACCACCCAUAACUUAGUCUUCGAGAUAUAUCCAUAUCCCUUUUU